AUGUCAGAUCUGAUCGACUUUGUAUAUCCUUGGCUUCUUCAACUGUACAAAGAUAAAGAUUAUUUUGCUGAAAGAACUAUAUUGGCACCAACGAACGAGGUUGUUCAAGAAAUUAAUGAAAAGUUGCUUGCUUCGUUUCCUGGCGAUGAAGUGGAGUAUCUGAGUUCUGAUAGUAUUUGUCAAACUGAUCAAGGAAAGAAUGAAGCAAAUGCGAGACUAUAUUCUCCCGAUGUUCUAAAUGGUUUAAAAGUUUCUGGUCUGCCUAAUCAUCGAUUAGUCCUUAAAGUUGGUGUACCUGUAAUGUUGCUUCGUAAUAUCGAUCAACAAAAUGGUUUAUGCAACGGUACGAGACUACGGAUUACUAAACUUUAUAAACAUGUUAUAGAGGCGGAGAUUAUAUCCGGAGGAAACAUAGGGACCAGAACUAUUCCACGAAUUAGUUUAACACCGUCGGAUAGAAGAAUUCCUAUCAAGUUUCAACGACGACAAUUCCCUAUAAAUCUUUAUGUUGCGUUAUCAAGAGUUAAAAGCAGAGGCGGUGUGAAGUUGCUUAUACUAGACAAAGAUGGGAAUGUAACGAAGUCGGUAGCUAGUAACCUAUAUGAGACACCCAAUGGCAGUAGGUAUUGGACGCUAGUUGUUCCCCCCGGUUGCAAACCCGUUACAAAGUCGAGAUUUAGUACAAUGGAAGCCGCAAUUGCAAUAUAUGAGGGUUACGCACAACUAGCAGGGUUUUAUACACGUUUGGGUACUUCUAAGAAAGAAAAAGUUGGCCAUGAAGGAAAUGUAAUUAUUGUGGAAAAAAAGUUCGAAAACACGAUAAAAGGAAUUGCCCUUUGA